UCGUUAUUGACAGAUCAACUCGCGCCGGGAUCGGACAUCGACGGUGAGCUGCUUGUCGUUGCUUCAAUUUUGACGAAGACAGGUUAUGGUGACGGGUAAAAAGAGUUGAACAGUCGGGACUUUUGAAAUUUGUCGGGGCCUUAUUUGAGGACGCGCUGAUGAGAUAACGUCGCAUCCGGGAACUCAGUGAAGAGCUAUUAAGACGUAGACCUUGUAAAUACAGCAACAUUGCACUACUGUAGGAAAGUAGAUGGAAGACCAGGCUAACAGUUCUCAUGCUUGUCUAACUGCACCAACUCAGUCAUCUAGCUACAGUCAAAUCAUGACAAACAUUGGAUCAUCAUUUUCCACUGUUUUUUAUGAACAGGUUCAACCUCUACAACCUUUUCAACCGAUGUCUUUAUUAUCAUUUACUGGCGAUUCAAAUUGGUCGCUGAAUGGUGUUUGUAGCAGGAAACGACAAAGUCUAGAUUUUCCAGGCCAAAAACCUUUGUUGAAGAAUAGCAAAAUUAUUGGCACCAAAGACAAUCCAAUUUGCUUGGAUGAUGCGAGUAGUGGCAGCGACGGACUGUCACCUGUUGCAAUGAAUGAGGCUUUUGAAAAAGAAAGACGGGUCACUAGUAUCAAAGAAGAAGUAGUGAUAUUGCAAGAAGUGGAUCAACAUGAUGAUGAGACACUUGCUGAAGGUACUGCCGUAACAGAAUGCAGUUCUACUGUUUCUGACACCAUGUUUGAAGCACAAAAAAAGAAGUUUGAUCGAAGUUACGUUUGGACAUAUCAGAGUCCAGUAGAAGGUCCUGCACUCUCGUCAUUACUGCAUACUGUUUCAGAGUUACCAUGUCAUACCACCAGCACUAGAACAGACAAUGAUUUUUUUUCUAAAUCUAUCAGUCAAGCUGAACACGGUAAUGCUAGGGACGUGUUCAGUGAAGGUCAGCUGUCUUUUUCUGAGAUGAGUGGUGCAGUGUCUGAAUCAAAGAGAAUGGUACAUGGCUUUAGUAUGGACAAAACCAGUGAAGAACAGAAUAGUGUUGAAAUACAUGAUGAAUCAUUGUCUUCACUGUUAUACUUGAAUAAUAACUGGCAGAGCAGAGGAAGUGAUUCUUCGAGUGUGGCGAGUGCCAGUGACAUCGGUGGAAGCUACAGCAGUGGAUGUGGGGGUAGCACGGCAUCUUCUAGUCUUUGGGCAUGUUCUCGCUCUACUGACACUCGUCAUUUAGCUGCACGUAUAUCUCUUGGUGGCUCACUUGAUACUGCCACCAGACAACUGAUGGAAGCCAAGGAGGCUGUGAAAAAACUAUCUGGUGACAGGACAAUGAGCAAGCUUCGAAUCACUGCCAGAAGUUUGUAUCAAGUAGCAUAUCAUGGCAAUUUGGAGAAAGUUGUUCUGCUGUUGUCUAAAGGAAGUGAUCCAAACGCCAGAAACUCUAAAGCCCAUGGUCAGACUCCAAUGCACGCAGCUGCCGACAAGGGUUGUGUUGCUACACUUAUGGCUCUUAGAGAAGCGGGAGGAGAGGUGAAUAUAAGAGAUGCCAAUAUGAAGUCUCCUGUUUUCAAGAGCGUAGAGCGAGGCCACUUACUUGCUGUUGAGUAUCUUAUCCAUGUUGGCGCUGAACUUGAUAUCAAGGAAGAGACUGGCAUGACUCCAUUGCACACGGCUGUUAAAAGAGGCUACGCCGAUAUUGUGGCUCGUUUACUACAGACGGGACAAGUGGAUAUAGACGCACAAGACGAGGGUGGCUGGACGGCUAUUGUAUGGGCUGCCGAUUUGAAAAGUCUUCGACCUUUUACGUGUCUCUUGCAGCACGGAGCCGACCUUCACAUUCAAGACGAGGAAGGAAACGUUUGUCUGCACUGGGCGGCUUACUCUGGUUGUAUCGAAGUAUUGGAAUUGAUUUUACAAAAAUCCUCUUUUGUCAAUGCACUGAAUAAUCACGGAGACACACCAUUGCACGUUUCCGUUCGUCGUGGAUAUUUGGAGUGCGCUAGGAAUCUGCUUGUGAAGGGUUCUGAUCUUUCGUUAAGGAAUAAUGACGGGUACAGUCCUAUGGAUCUGGCAGAGAGUCGAACAACUCUAAGUAAGCUACUGAAAACUUUUUACGAUCUACGCAAAUUGAAGUCGUCGCGGAAGGCGGCUACCCCCCGUCUAUUGUCAAGCGAUCUCUCUAAAGGUCGUGAAUCUGUGUAUAUUUCUUGCUUUAACGAUGUGGAUGACGAACCUGCUCCUCAGUUUGUGUACGUCACUGAACCACAAGAAGGCCCUCUGGUGCGUGUAGAACGGCGACUUCGAAACCUGCAGGGCUGCUCUUGUGAAGGCUCGUGUGCGAACAACCGCAAUUGCGAUUGUGCUAGACUGAAUGAAAGAAAACGGAUUUGGUAUGACGAGGAGGGUUUGAUGUCGUCAGAAAUAGAGAAGCUGUUCAAGCCGUUGAUCUUCGAGUGCAACGUAGCGUGUAGUUGCAACGCCAAAUGUCGCAAUCGCGUUGUGCAACGUGGAAUGAAGUAUCCCUUGGAAGUAUAUAGAACAAAGAGAAAAGGAUGGGGUGUCAAGAGUUUAGCACUGAUUCCCAAAGGAGCGUUUGUGUGCGAAUAUACGGGUCUGCUGUUGACGGACAGGGAAGCCGAUAGCAUACACGACGAUACGUAUCUCUUUGACUUGGAUGUUGAAGAAAACGUGGUCGGUUGCAUGUGCAUAGAUGCUCGUGAUUACGGUAACGUCAGCCGCUUUAUCAAUCACAGUUGCGAACCAAACAUCUUUCCCCUUCGCGUUUACACAAGUCAUCAGGAUCGUCGGUUUCCUCGUAUGGCAUUUUUCAGUCUGUGUGAGAUAAAACCUGGUCAGGAGAUAUGUUUUGACUACGGUCCCCGUUUCUGGAAAAUAAAGACUAAAGAAUUCCCGUGUUUGUGCGAAGCUGCGAGUUGUCGUUUCAAGAGAAAGCAACUUGUCUAGUAGUGCACGACGUCACGGAGCAGUCGGAGUGAUCGCUCACCGUUGGUUAGACCUGCCGUGUACAGAAGUAAUCAGCGUUGUUCUACGUAGACAAACAGCGUAAUUGCAACGCCAUUUUUAAGUGUGCCAAUCAUAUUUAUUCGUAAUAAAUGCUUGGCUUAUUGCACAUGCACUACACUGAGAUUGACCAUCUCUAGUGGUUUUGAUGUGAUUCAUUCUAA